UUGCUUCAUCCAUUUAAAACCAGAGUAUAAAAGCGAGUGCCAAAGAUUCAUCUCAGCAACGACUACAUUGGGAAAUGGCCACUGCAGGAAAGGUGAUCAAAUGUCGGGCUGCCAUUGCCUGGGAGCCCAAUGCUCCCCUGGUAAUAGAGGAAAUAGAAGUCGCCCCACCUCAAGAAGGAGAAAUACGAAUCAAGAUUGUAGCUUCAAGUCUGUGUCACACUGAGCUUUACCACCUGUUUGAGGCAAAGGACAAGCGAGGUUUUCCCACUGUCUUGGGACAUGAGGGCGCUGGUGUGGUGGAGAGUGUUGGACCUGGAGUCACUGAUUUCAAACCAGGUGAUAAGGUCAUUCCACUCUCGGUCUCUCAGUGUGGAGAAUGCAGAUUCUGCAAGUGUCCAAAAACAAACCAGUGCGACCGCAACUGGAUAAAUAAAUAUGUUGAUUUUAUGUCAUAUCCCACAACACGUUUUACUUGCCGUGGUCAGCCCAUCUUGCAGUUCACAAGCACCGGUACUUUCUCUGAGUACACCGUCAUGAACCAGAUUUCUGUGGCAAAGAUUCAUGAUGAUGCUCCACUCGACCGUGUGUGUCUUCUCGGCUGUGGCGUAGCUACUGGCUACGGCGCUGCUGUCAACACAGCUGGGGUUACACCAGGCUCUGUGUGUGCAGUGUUUGGACUGGGUGCAGUAGGUCUGGCUGCCGUCAUGGGCUGUAAAAACGCCGGAGCCUCUCGCAUCUUUGCUGUGGAUAUUAAUGAACAGAAGUUUGAGAAGGCGAAGGUCUUUGGUGCCACUGAUUUUCUGAAUCCAAAAGCAUAUAGUAAACCAAUCUCUGAAGUACUGGCAGAAAUGACCAAUGGAGGAGUGGACUUCUCACUCGAGUGUGUGGGAAACAUGGAAGUAAUGAGGAACGCACUGGAGUCGUGUGUUAAAGGUUGGGGUGUGAGUGUUAUGGUUGGCUAUACUGAUGCAGACUUUUCUGCAAAACCAAUUCAGCUCAUAUCUGGGAAAACCUGGAAGGGAACUCUAUUAGGAGGUUUUAAGGUCAAGGACUCUAUUCCAAAACUGGUUCAAGACUACAUGUCCGGCAAAAUAAAGGUUGACGAGUUUAUAACACACAAAAUGGAUCUGGAGGAGAUCAAUGAUGCCAUCAACCUCAUGAAAACUGGACAAUGCAUUCGAUGCAUACUGAAAAUAUCCAAAUGAGAAGCAAAUUAUCUUCACCCAACUUCUACACCAGUUUAAGACAGAUGGGAAUGGAUUGCACAGACUUAGCAUACAACCUUAAUACUACUUUAAUAUACUGUAACUAUUUCUGAAAGAUGUGGAACUAAAAUGAUGGAUUGAAUCUUGUACUCCAGUUCUGCAUGGCAAGAAAUUUAAUUGUUUCACCAAAAGCAACAACAAUUCAAUACAGAGGAACUUCUUGAAUUAUCUUUUCACCUGCUUUCAUAAGUCAUUGUUGAAAUUGCAUUCUGUUGUGAUUGCUUGAAGUUUGGCAUUUGUUGUACAUUAAAAAAACUAACAAGUCCAAAUAAAGGAGAAAAUAUACUUUAA